AUGGAUUACGACUACACUACGCAGACAAGGCGAAGCAGGGAUGGGAACGGGUUUUCGCAGCCUCGUCCGGGCUACCAACCGCGACCAACUCGUCGGCCGCAUAGAACUCGAUCUCAAGAUUCUGACUACAUAGCACAGGAUUCCCAGUCUGACGAUGAUUACAUAGCCUCACCUGAGCUGAAGAGAGAUGUAUGGAGGGAUCGUACGUCAAGGUACGACGACCGGUACAGCGACAAUCCUUUUAGGGAAGCUUCACCGAUCCGUGACUCUUCAUCAAGACAUCACAGUGAAAGUCCACAUUCAGACUAUGCUCAGCAUCCCGAAAGGCGAAACAAGCAGAAAAUCAAGGCAGGCUGGGGUAGCAGCGACUUUCACACGCAAAGCCACAGCUUGAAUCCUCGAGAGCAUGAAAACUAUCUUGAAGCAAAGCAAUUUCUGGAUCGCUACACCAAGCUCCACGCUCACCCUGCGGAUCGGUCCGACACCGAAUCCUACAGUACCGGCGAUAGUAGCCCAGCAAAUCGCCAAGAUGAAUCUUACGAGCGAUAUCCAGGCCCUCAACGAGAUGCUGAGGAUUACUACGCGCCAAGUCGAGACAAUUACCGAGAAAGACUCCAUGAACAACGUACUCGUUCGCGGCAUGCAAACGACCGUUACCACCGGCCCGAGGGGGAGUACGACGAGUACAACCAGCGCAACCGCUAUGAAUCUCACUCAAGGAAUCUAGAACCCCAAUUUAGUCGGCCUGGUCCAUCCUGCCCAGACGCUGAAGACCAGUAUACGAGCACCUUUUCAGCUCCUCAUCCCUCAAGACAUGCAGACCGCUCCUUCAACCGGUCCGGCCCCGUAUAUCCAGGCCGCAGGGACAAUACUCACGCCAUUGCAUACUCUGACAUAGCUUCUCGACCCAGUACCUCACAUUCCGACCGCUUGUCUCGUGUACCCACAGCCGUUGACUCAGAAGACUAUCCCUCACCGCCUCCUGCGGUACCUACACCACCUUUACUUGGGCGGCAGCGGCGGCAGAGCGGUAGUGACUAUGGUCUCAUGCCUGGUGCAUGGGGAAGCAGGAGCAGAAGUAGAAGUAGGAAUGGAUAUGCAUCUGGAAGGAGCACAAGGAGUAGAAGUCCCUACACCUCUCCUCCUAGACGGAACAAACACACCGGGAAUAGAAGGAUGAUUGGGAGCUAUAUGAGUGACAGUGAUGAUGACGGUUUAGGGGAGGGUGAUGACUACCUCCCCAGCGACAGCGACGACGAUCGAAUCAGUGUGGGUGGUGGAGGGCAGAGUGAUAUCUGCGAGAAGGAUAGUUGGCGCAGUAGAGAUGGAGGAGGGUAUACGAGUGAAGGGGUUGAGAGUGGUGUUGCUGGAGGUGCAUCUUAUCGUGGAAGAUGGUAG